AUGUCGUCAAACGAUACCAUCGUCAUGGUGCCGCCCACGGGGCCGACUGGUCCACCAAUGGGAAUUAACGGCGUAGAACGGUCCUAUUCGGUCGAUAUCAUCGUCUGCUCCGUCAUCACCGCCUUGAUCGGCACCAUCUUUGUUGGGCUUCGAUUCUACGCCCGCGGGGUCAUUAUGCAUGUGCUUGCUUUAGAGGAUUGGCUCAUCCUCCUCGCCCAGGUCUUCUCGAUUGCAACAUCGAUCGGCUACAUCAACCAGGCGGCUCUUGGUCUGGGUCAGCACUGGUGGUGGUUGGAUUUCGCCAAUGUGGUGCCGAUGAGCAAAGCGGGCUGGUAUUCCAUCCUCUUCUACGAAUUGAGCAUCUGGUUCGCCCAGACAGCCAUUCUGAUCCUCUACCUACGCAUUUGGACCUUCCCCUGGGUCCGGCGCUGCACUUGCGCCUUGAUCGGCAUCAUCACGGCCUACAACAUCUUUGUCUUCGCGUCCAUCUUCACCGCCUGCAUUCCUCUCGAGGCUUACUGGGACUUCUCUGUUCCCGCCAAGUACUGCCACUCCCUGAGCAUUUGGUUCGCCAAUACCUACUUGCACAUCGCUACCGAUUUCCUCAUCUACCUCCUCCCGAUCCCCGUCAUUCUACGCCUACGAUUCCCUCGCCGUCAAAAGUUCUCCUCUUCGUCCUCUUCGCUUUCGGUUUCUUUCAUUACGUUUUGGACAACCGUUGAGACCAACGCGACCGUCGUCAUCGCCUGCUUCAUGACGAUGAAGCCCCUCCUCGCUCGAUGGUUCCCGAACCUCAUCGAUCCCCAUGCCACCCCCAACGAGAUGGGCGGUCAGAAUGCUGCCCGUCCGGAUGCCAACGGCCGUGUCCCCACCAUAGGUUCCACUCCGAUUCGAUCACCCAACUCCGGCUCCAACAGACGCAACUUGUGGACGCUGUCUAACAACGACGAAACCGCCACAAACCUGGACCGCGACGAGAAGCAGACGGUCGAUCUGGAAGCCGCCGAUCACGCGAAAGACGACGGAAGUGAGAUUUCCGUAGCCUGGCACCGCCAAAAGAAAUCUGAAAUUAUGGAGAUUCCAACACAGCUCGCCUUUAUGGCAGGCCAGACCAUCGCCUUUGCAUUCGUGUGGCGGGCCCUCCAUAACUAUGUCGACAAAAACGGCCCAAUCCGUGGCGCUUCGACAGUCACUAAAAUAAACAGCAUCUUCUACGCCUUUGUUUCCCUAGCCUUGAUGAUAUUCCUCAUCUAUCGCCCAGAAGGUGACGCGACCAGCCGUUACGCGUACCAUUACUCCAAGUUCUACGAAUACGUCGACAUUCUCAACGUCCGGGCUAGUGGAGGAGCCAUUGACUUGCACUUCGGCUUCCACCACCUGACUACCUGCUACCUUACCUGGGCCCGCACCGCCCAUAACUAUAAUGGCUGGAAGCCCUUUGCCAUUUCCAACACGUUCCAUCAUGCUAUCAUGUACGCAUACUUUGGUGGCUGGGAGUUGCCUCGUCCGAUAUUACCCUGGACAGGUGCCCUCCAGCUCAUUAUUGGGAUGAUUGCCGACGCUUUGGUUAUACAGGAGAAGUGGACGGAUGGCUCAGCCGUAUGGCCCAACAUAAUCUCUUCGUCGAUAUUACUCACGUACCUGGUCCUUUCUACGAGGGAGCUGAGGAUGAGAGCACGUCAGAGUGAGGAAGAGAAGGAGAAAAGGCAAUAA